AUAGAAAAUAUUUUAAAAAACGUAAUGAUUAUGUAUUAUGAUCUUUUCCAUAAAAAAAUGAAUGAUAAUUGUGCUUGAAUGGAAUUUUAAAUAAAAGAAAAAACGUACAACCAGGUUGUCAUUUACUGAGGAUAAAAAAAAACAGUAACGAAACAAUAAUAAACUUUUUAAACAAAUACAUCAAAAUAGCUUCGGGACAGUUGUGUUGGGUCAGGUGAAGAAGUAGCAUUAGCAAUGGUAGAACAGUUAAGGCUUGUGGUUGUUUUGUUUUGUGUACCUUUCUGGUUUUGGAAUUCUCAUCAAUUAGCGAAGAAUAUUGAGGAAAAUUAUGGCAGUCAAACCUACAUCAACAGGACUUCCAAUUGGCCCAAAUCGUGGCUUUAUUGUAACCCGUCGCGAACUACCGACAAGACCUCAAUCGCGUCGUCAGAUUAAUCCACGUGUCAAAAUGAUUCGUGAAGUUGUACGUGAAGUUUGUGGUUUCGCUCCCUAUGAACGUCGAAUUAUGGAGUUAAUUAAGAUUGGGACCCCUUCUACAACUAAACGUGCAUUAAAAUUAGCGAAAAAACGUUUAGGUACUCAUAAAAGAGGAAAGAAAAAAAGAGAAGCUAUGACACAAGUUAUUGCUCAACAAAGACGUAAACAGGCAGCAGCAGUUGCACAGCACUAAAAUUGAUGUAGAGUUAUUGUAAGUUUUUCGCUUUCAUUGCAAUGUUACAAAAGUAAAGAAACCCAUUUGUUUAGUAAAUGGAAAAGUAAUUAACAAUAAAAAACGCGUUUGAAAAUUAUGUAA